UUAGUAAGUGGAAUAAUAUGUUUCCCUCUCUUCCAGAUGCUGGCCAAGAAGAGGUAAGACAGAAAAGUGAGCAGUCCAGACUUCAUCGCAGUGUAAAUUCUUGCACCAGAAUGGAAGGGGAACCUUACCACAAUGCAACCACGGUCAACGGCACCCCUGUAAAUCACCAGCCUUUGGAACGUCAUCGGUUGUGGGAAGUCAUCACCAUCGCAGCUGUGACCGCUGUGGUGAGCCUGAUCACCAUUGUGGGCAACGUCCUGGUCAUGAUCUCCUUCAAAGUCAACAGUCAGCUCAAGACAGUUAAUAACUACUACCUGCUCAGCUUAGCCUGUGCAGAUCUCAUCAUUGGGAUCUUCUCCAUGAACCUCUACACCACCUACAUCCUCAUGGGACGCUGGGCUCUCGGGAGUCUGGCUUGUGACCUCUGGCUAGCCCUGGACUACGUGACCAGCAAUGCUUCCGUCAUGAAUCUCCUGGUCAUCAGUUUUGACCGUUACUUUUCCAUCACAAGACCCCUGACAUAUCGGGCCAAGCGUACCCCAAAGAGGGCUGGUGUCAUGAUUGGCUUGGCCUGGCUGAUCUCCUUUAUCCUCUGGGCCCCAGCAAUCCUCUGCUGGCAGUACUUGGUUGGCAAGCGGACGGUACCACCAGAUGAGUGCCAGAUCCAGUUCCUCUCUGAGCCUACCAUCACUUUUGGCACUGCCAUUGCUGCCUUCUACAUCCCUGUUUCUGUCAUGACAAUCCUCUAUUGCCGAAUCUACCGGGAGACAGAGAAGCGAACCAAGGACCUGGCUGACCUCCAGGGCUCUGACUCUGUGGCUGAAGCUGAGAAGAGAAAGUCAACUCACAGGGCUUUUCUCAGAUCCUGCUUUAGCUGCCCUCGACCCACCCUAGCCCAGAGAGAAAGGGACCAAGCUUCCUGGUCAUCCUCCCGCAGGAGCACUUCCACCACUGGGAAGCCAUCCCAAGCCAGUGGUCCCAGCACUGACUGGGCCAAAGCCGAGCAGCUCACCACCUGUAGCAGCUACCCCUCCUCAGAGGAUGAAGACAAGCCCACUGCAGACCCUGUCUUCCAAGUGGUCUACAAAAGCGAAGACAAGAAAAGCCCAGGGGAAGAAUUCAGAACAGAAGAGACCAAGGAAACUCUUGUGAAAGCUCAAACUGAAAAAAGUGACUAUGACACUGCAAGGUACUUCUUGUCUCCAGCUGCUGCUCACAGACCCAAGAGUCAGAAGUGCAUGGCCUAUAAGUUCCGAUUGGUGGUAAAAGCUGAUGGGACCCAGGAGACCAACAACGGCUGUCACAAAGUGAAAAUCAUGCCCUGCUCUUUCCCAGUGUCCAAGGACCCUUCAACAAAAGGCCUUGAUCCCAACCUCAGUCAUCAAAUGACCAAACGGAAGAGAAUGGUCCUAGUCAAAGAGAGGAAAGCAGCCCAGACCCUGAGUGCUAUCCUCCUGGCCUUCAUCAUCACAUGGACCCCGUACAACAUCAUGGUCCUGGUUUCCACCUUUUGUGACAAGUGUGUCCCCGUCACCCUGUGGCAUCUGGGAUAUUGGUUGUGCUACGUCAACAGCACUGUCAACCCCAUCUGCUAUGCCCUCUGCAACAGAACCUUCAGGAAGACCUUCAAGAUGCUGCUUCUCUGCCGAUGGAAAAAGAAAAAAGCAGAAGAGAAGUUGUACUGGCAGGGGAACAGCAAGCUACCCUGAAAAGCUAAAGAAUAAUGACCAGAGCCUACUUUCUCUGAGGACAGGCAAGCUGAUUCUGGUUUCCUUUUUUUAAAAAAAAAGAUCUGUCAUCUUGAGUCCCUGAGGACUUCUGUCAAGGCUCCAUGUUACCAAAAAGAAGGCAUCUCACCUGCAGCAGUUGCUGCCAUAGUAAAUGAUUCUUAUCUAGGACCAAGGUCACCUGAUGCCCCUGGAGUCAGCCAAUGAAGUAAAGAGCUGGAUGCACAGAGGAAGUACACAGUCACGUGGAACAAUGACAGGGAACUCUGUCUAACCUUCUGCGGGGAAGAGCAGGGGGCAGGUGGAAACCUUCUCCUGCAGAAACCCAUCUUAGAGUUUUGUGCAAUCUGUAUGUGUCUCUGAAGUUGUCUUGUACCAGUGAGAACCAGGAGAAUGUAAGUCAGUGUCACCUCUUAACAAGAGUGGUAUUCAACUGGCUUCUAAGAAUAUAUUUCUUCAUACGUUCAUCAGUAUUUAGUACGCAGCUAUGUGGUCUGUACUGUGGUCUGUUUUCCUGUCUUGACAGCUGAGUAAGCACUUGCUUGUCCCUUUCCUAACCAACGUCAUUUCCUGGUAUGUACUGAAGCCAUGCUGAUCCCUGCAACCAUCCUUCCCCGCAGUGUCCUGGGUCUGUAAGGACACUGCCACCAGCCACACCCAGUCCUUUAGAUGGGCUUCUACUUGACUACUAAAGAUGACCAACACUCCAUAGUUGGGAGUCUUUUCCCUUUUAUCUAAACAAAUACUGAGUAUCCUAUUUUUGUGCCCAUUUGGAUCAUUUCUGUAUUGUGUUCUUAGGACUAGCUGUGAACAGCACUUCACUGGGUAAAGAGCUUCUCCAGACUAUUUCAUCACAGCUUCUCUUACAUUAUUUUCAUGGGUCUUGCUUUCUAAUCUCUUCACUGCACAAGCUAGAGGCAAAAUGUGGAAAACAAAUUUGCUUGAAAACGUCUCUUAGAUCCCUUUCGCAGCAUCCAUUUCCCUCGUCAAGACUCCCAGUUUAUACAAGCAGUCACAAGCAGGUCACUACACAGCCUCCAGGCAAAAGGGCUAUUUGGGGGAAAUGGGAAGAAAGAUUCCUUUUUUUACAGGUAUUUCAAAUUGGGGCCCCAAAAUGACAUUUGUUCCUCUGAAAAUUCUGUCAAAGAUAAGGAAACCCAAAACAGCACAGUUGAGGACCCAGUGAAGCUGGCUAUGACCUGAAAGCUUCAUCUUUAAAAACAAGAUGUAGGGACCAGCAGG